CUGGUUUUACUCGUUCUCUCUGUCCCACAUAGAACCAGUUCUCAAUAUGUGUUUAAAGUUCUUGAUGCGAUCACAUCUAAUGGCCCAGUACAGGUUAGCGAUAAUCUUUCGUGGACGCCCAUUUAUGACAAAACGGAGAACACCUUUUCACAAGAAGAACUGCUGAAAUUGUGUGAGGAGACAAAAAGCAUUGGACAGAAGUUUGGCAUCAAUAAUGUGUCCUCGUUUGCUGGCAGUAAUUGCGCUCUCAUCCGUCUCUACUAUCCGGACGUUACAUGUGAACAAAUCAAUGUCUUCCUGCAAUACUGCCAAGCUAGCGGGUCAAUUUAA